AUGACUCAAUCCCCGGAAUGCAUGUUGUCGACUCUGAAUCUAAGCACCCUGGAAUUGUCAAAGCUUGCCAACUUCGAUGCUGCUCUUCACGAUGCCAACAUUAUGCAACAGACCUUGCCCUCUUCAGCACUAGGGUAUAUACGAGCAGCCACCAUUUACAGCGAACAAGGAAAACAGCUUCAAGUCAUCAAUGUCUGCACAAAGGGUCUCAGCCUUGCGGAUAAGAACGACGCACACUAUGAUACAUUGCAACACGCCAAAGAUGUUGCCAUGCAACGACAAAAUAAGCGCAUUGACUUUAUCAGCCAACUUCCCGUUGAGAUUGUUGUUACAAGGCUCAUUCCCCUGUUUAUGGAUGAUGAUCUUUUGGAUUCGGGUAUUCCGAAUGCGUACAUACAUGUGUCCAAUGUAUGGCGCGAUCGUAUUCAUGAAUGCUUCGGUGGAUUACGAUUUAUGGUGGUCGUCAAGGAGGAUCGCAAGGAGCAAAAAUGUUCACAGCUCAUUCAGUUUGCUCAACACACAAAGGCAUUGGUUGUUACAUGGUAUUCACAAGGGACAUGGCUAAGUGAUUUACUACGUGAAAACGACUUUUGCAUGUUACGGGAGCUACGCAUUAAUGGCUAUGCAAAUGUGCAUGAUACCGGCAUUCUCUCAUCGUUAUCGUCAAUCAACAACACCUUGACGCAUCUCUAUAUCACCCUCAACCAUGUACGCAACAUCCUACCAACAGCUGAUAUUGUGUCUGCUUGUCCCAACCUGGUUACCAUGCGCAUAGCCAAUUCCUUCGACGCCGAUUUCAGUUCUCUCCCUAUGACAACAUGGCCCAACAUGAAGACUUUAUCGAUCACCCAAGCAAGGAAAAGGAUCAGCAGCGAUCAGGUGGUUGCAAUAUCGAAGCGUUUUCCAUCACUCGAAAGACUCACGCUUUCCCCAUGUGCUGAUGGACAUUCUGCGUUGGUCUUGCCACAAUAUUGUUCAUCCAUAAGAGAUAUUCUAAUUCGGACAAAUGAAGCAUGUGUGCAGCUUGACUGCCAUCAGGGACAUUCAUGCGACGAACAAGGGGUUAAGGCUAUUUAUAUCUCCGGCUUUUUCUCGACUACGUACAGUGUUCAGGAUGGCAUUCGUCUACUGCAGCAGUAUAACGGAGGAUUGAAGCACCUAGUUUGGGAUAUGGGAUGUGACACCAAUGACGAGGCUCUUUACAAUAUUGAAUAUCCGUGCCUUUCGAAGCUCGUUCUCAAGUGCUCUGGAUGGUGGAUACCUCGCAAUGCACCUGUACUUCAAGAAUUGGAGAUAAUGGACACUGUAAUAAGAGGAAACCCCAAUGUACUUGAUACAAUACCACCACACCUGAAGAAACUUAAGAUGCGCCUUGCACCGGGAGCUCUACCUACAUACUCGACAUCCAUUGAACGCUACCUUCAUCGCCUUGCUCAACAAACGCAAUUAACGGAGCUCGUCGUUUAUUUCUACAACAUUGUUAAUUUCGACAGUAUUGCAAAGGUGCUUGAUGCUAUUUGUGGUUUCAGUCAGCUUGGGCAUUUGAUGGUUGGAUUUUCAGAUUCAUGGGAUGGCAAACAAAUGGAACAAUUUUUGGAACAGCUCGCCAAAGGAUGUCCUCUUUUAUCUUGCCUUGAGAUUAGAUCCAGAAAUGCACCAUCUGCCUCUUCGAUGAACGCUUUGAAGCGACUCGAAUCCCUACAGCACAUGGCGUUCUCAAUCAAUGGCACCAAUGAUGAUGACAAGUUCUGGAAUACGAUUCAAACUUUCUCCCAGCUCAAGUGCAUUAGAGUUUACCCUCCUGUGGCAGUCAACAAGAACUACAUUACGCGUGUAAAGCAGCAACGGCCUGAUAUGAAGAUCGUCAUCACCAAAAUCUUAUUAAUGCACUAA